AUGUCUUCAGCUCCUCGACGCGUCUUUGGAACCGAAGCCGCCGACGAACAACCGCCGGGCGGCUCCCCUCAACGUCGCCGACUGUCGGGACGCGUGUCAUUCUCUACUAUUAGGCCGCGGACAAGCAUUUUCGGACGCAGAAGGAGCACGGUUGACGAGGAGAAUGGCGGCGAUCCGACGCAGACGUCGGAGCGGCCUGCGAUACCCAGUGCGUUGCAGCCGGGCGAAUCGUACGCAACUCCUUUACCCGUGUUGUCCAUGAUCGUUUUGUCGAUUGCCAUGCUUGGCGAGUUUCUUUCUGCAAACGUCUCGGCACCUUUCAUACUCUUCAUGGUCCAAGGUUUCAACCAAUUUGAGGACGAGGCUAAAGUCGGGUACUGGACGGGCAUAUUGGCUUCGACGUUUUUCCUGACGCAAUUCCUGACGUCUUUGCUCUGGGCUACUGUAGCUGCCAAGCAUGGGCAGCGCAUCGUGCUGUUCAUCUCGCUGCUCGGGAGCGCCGUGACGUGCUGCAUAUUUGGGACGGCGACGACACUCCAAGAAGCGAUAGCAGUUCGCCUUAUGCAGGGCAUAUUUGCCGGUGCGAUCGGAGUGGCGCGUGGCUGCGUCACGAUGAUCACUGACCAGAGUAAUGAGGGAAGAGCAUAUGCUAUUCUCGGUUUUUGCUGGGGCUUCGGAGGUGUUGCAGGGGCAAUCGUUGGCGGAUCGUUCGAAUCGCCCGCGACCAAAUGGCCCUCCAUCUUUGCAGACGUUCCCAUCUUCGUCCAGUACCCGUACCUCCUGCCAUGCGCUGUCGCGUCCUCGGUCACCUUCAUUGGUUCCAUCUUGAGCCUGUUCUUGGGGCCUGAUGGAGGACCCCGGCAUGGCGCCAUUCAGCUGCCCCCAGAGAAGGACGAUGUUGCAAACGAGGCGAGCCUGCCACAAACUCCACUGUUCGAGGAAUCCCAGCGCCAGAGCCUGUAUGCGACCUUGAAGCACGGGUUGUCGGGGCGACUCUCAGGCUAUUUUGCGCCUCGUGUGCAGGAUGCACAAGAGAGCUCCUCGUCUCCCCCGCAGGUGCAUGACGAGACGGUACCGAUGUCGUCGACGCCUUCCCGCAGCAGCGAUCUCGGGAAGGGACGUACGCUGUCACGCACAAGCCGGGCGAACGGGUCGGCAUAUGGGUACGGAAUAAGGAGGAGCCGGCUUGCCAGUGGCUAUAGCACGGCACCGCGGACGAGUAUGGCGUUGUCUAUCAGGCGCCGCAGAGACAGCAACUUCGAUGGCGCACAAAGCUCAGUGGGCACUGUCACAGGCAAUUUCGCGCAACGUCUGCUCAUGGCGAACGAAAACGCGGUAACUAAUAUUGCCGAUCUUUGGGUGGCGGCAGCGAUGAACGUCGACAACGAGGAUCCAUUUGAGUCUGACUCUGACUUCGAUGCCGAUGCUGAAGCUCUUGAUGAGGAGGGCUUUGGAGCCGCCAUCGAUGAGAACGAAGAGGAAGACGUUUUUGGGCCUAGUGCUGCCACUCCUGCCAUGCGCCCCAACCGCUACUCGCGGCGCGAGUCUCACACAUCCGUCCACUCGCAAUCCAAACGCCCAUCAUUCUCAGCCACAUGGCGCGCACCCCUGCUCGGCUCUCCGCGCCAUCCGUCCAGUUCUGGUCGUCUGUCGUUUGCACGUCAGCGCUCAUCACAGUUCUCGCCCGCACUUCCGGGCGACGAGUUCCCCACCAUGCAUCGCCGCUUGUCGACCACUGUGCCCUCCAUAUUUUCUCACGUCGGUGUGCGAACGCCACCGGCCGUAUUGGAGGCUCAGCAAUUGCUACAGCAGUUCGACGAACAGGGUCCUACGGACUCGCUCGCACCGAUCAUGGAAGGUCCACGAGGGGGCCAAGAUCCGUGUGCACAGUCGGAAACGCUAGAGAAGGAACCGUCCUUGAUGUCUCAGCUACCCAUGCUCACCAUCAUUCAGUAUGGGCUACUCGCCCUUCACUGCACGACACACGACCAAAUCUUCUACCUUUACCUCGUAUCUAAAUAUCCCCUGGGCGGCUUGAACCUCAACGCGGGUCAUUUCUCACAGCUAAUUGCUCUGAUGUGCCUGGCGCAAAUUGCAUACCAGUUCUAUUUGUAUCCGAACAUUGGUCCUCCCCGAGGUCGCUUCUCGCAUCUUGCAAUGUUCCGCAUCGGCUCCCUCUUAUUUAUCCCCUCGUACCUGUCCGUUAUUCUCUACCGUGUGCUCGCAAGCCCCGACACCGACGGGAAUCCUGUUCUCAUGGCGGCGCUCGCUGUAAGCACUGCUGUAAGGUUCUGUGGAGGCACUUUCGCCUAUACUGCAGUAUCUGUACUGCUCAACUACAUGACACCACCGCAUCUUGUCGGUUUUGCCAAUGGUGUCGCGCAAAGUAUAGUCAGCCUUGCGCGUUUCUUUGGGCCCAUAUUGGGAGGCACUUUGUGGUCCAUGAGCGUCGAAAAUGGACCAGCAGGCUAUCCCAUUGGAUUCCUCGCCUGCGCCGCGGCAUGCGCAUUGGCCGUUGCACACAGUUUCUUCAUUAGAUGA